CCUGCUCCUCGUUCUUGUAAAUUUUUGUUGUCUACUAGUCGAGUUAAAUAAUGAAAAAGCAUACCCUUGCAUUCACAGUUUGUCGUAACUAGUUGUACCUUAAUUUUUCUUCUAGUGAUCCCCAAUCUUAUUCAACAUUGUAACCUUUGUUCGACCGCGUCUGAUUCAUUGUCAGAAUCUGAAAUAACGGAUACAAAGUUGUUAUAAUCUUCUCCCAACCAUUGACUAUCACCUUCACCAUACAGUAAAAGUGCAUCAUUGUUCUCAAUUUGAAUAACAAUAAAGAUACACUGUUAAUAAAACAAUCACCAGUUGCAAAGAUGUCGAAGGAACAUGCGGUGAAUAUGGUUCUUGAGGAGCUUCCUCGUUUAGUGGAAUGCCUCCAGGAACAGCACCUGGUCGAAAAAUUGCAUCCCCAGAUCCAGCAAAAGUUGAACCAGUGCGUGGAGCAUGGCGCAUCGGUUCUCGAACCUCUUUCCAGUGGCCAAGCAGUGACAGAUGAAGUUAAGGCUUACAACCGUAAUUCUUUCUUCAUCUUCCUUGAGAAGCAUCUUUGACAGACGGGCUUUCAAGGAGAAAAUGCUGAUGGUCAAAGAUAGAUGCACGCUAAGAAAGAUGGAUAAAUCGGCAUCAAGUCUUUCUAAUGAAGGCGCGCUUGCAGGUCAAAGGCUGUUCUUUGGGGAUUUGCUGCAGGUGACUGCACACGCACUGACACAGUUCAGUCGUGCUCACGAAGUCGAGGGACCCGUGGCACCGUUUAUUUAAGGCGGGGAUUUGAUGUGCUGGGUCGGUCCACGAUUGCAGAGCUUUUAGUCACAAUAACACACUACCUAGAUGACAGAGCUUCAUCAAAGCAACUGUUAGUGUUGACGACGAGCACUAACCCUGUCUACUCUACUGCAGCUGGACAAACCCCAGACUAUAUCCACACCCUAGAAAUAAACCAAAUUUAUCCUCACUUCUACUGAACCUGUAAUUUCGGCAUUCUUUCACACUAUCGACUGUGCUGAUCUUAUCUAUUUUCUAAUUUCUGCAUUCUUUCACACUAUCGACCGUGAUUUUUUCGCAGUUUGUGGGUGCGCAAGAGCCCGUUGUCGCGUACAUUCCGCCUGAAACCUUCGUCGCAGCUACGGAAGAGCAAAUGUAUGACCCGGUCGCGUCCAUUGGAGAACACAUCCUUGGUCUCAUAGGCGAUCACUUCGACUACUGCCUCAGGGAAGUGGUGUUCAACUGCGGCAGCGACGAUACCAGCAAUGACGAAGUGUUACUUAAGGAGAAAGGGUGUGUUGUUCCAUGCAUAUCCCUAGAAGUAGAAGUACAAACCACCUAGAAGGUCGACCUCUACUAAUCUGCAUGUCUUCCUUAAAAGGAGAAAGGGUGUAAGUAAGUUGUGUAAGGAAUCCUCGCUUGAGAUAACUCGUCUAAUCUCGUUCCUGCUGGUGCUACUAAGAUUUGGCGUCAGCUCCCCAAGUUUUUCUACCGCCCUAGUCGUACUCGUAGUCCAAUUUGUUCCAAGUUUUGUCUAGCAACCUCAGCAACUUCGUACAAGUAGUCCAAUUUGUUCCAAGUUUUGUCUAGCAACUCUACCUCUCUCCUCUAAUUUGAACGCCAAGAUCUGUUGUCGCGUGAUGUGGCGUACCUUGGCUCUUUGCCUUGGCGGUGCUGACAAAAUCGAUGGGGAGAUGUUUCUCGAACUGUGCGGUAACGAGGUCUAUUUUCCUGUAGCCUUUGCGCGAACUUUGAUUCCCUGCGAAAGCGAUAUCGCGGUGCCCCUCAUGGCGUUGUGGUCGAAUACGGCUAAUGUGAAAGCGGCCACACGAGUAGCAGAACAACAGAGCUCAACUUUGGCUAUCCUGGAAGAGGAGGGAGGCAGACAACUGCCUAACGAUGAGACGGGAGAUUUAGCGGAUGUCUACGAAUACAAGAAACAGGUAAAAAUGGUUGGACAAAGAGAAAUGAUGAAUGAUUGGACAAUUAUAAAUGUUUUUACUGACUCUCUUCUAUCUUCGACGUUUAUUUUCUACAACCGUGUUAAACUCAAUACCAGAUCGCCUGCGCCUUUGUGGACGACGAUAUUAUCCAGGAGCUUCUGCGUGCUCUGGCUUCUGCGCUGAAGCAGUGGGAGUCACUUCCGGAAGUCCAACAGUGGUUUAUGGCUGUGUUAGAAUCUCCAGACUUGUCUCAAGUUCUGGUUCCUCAGCCACCUGUGCCUUUGGGCUAUAAAGCUCAGGAGUUGGCGAGAUCCGUACUUUUGUUGUUUGCUGCCACUUGCCGCUGUAUGAGCGAGAUUGCAAACGUAUGCUUGGAUCCGCACUAUAGGGUGUGGGCUGGAAGGUACUACUUAUGUUUGACAAAUUGUGUUUGUGCUGUCGCGAGUGGGAUUUUGGAUUUUCCUACUAGUAGUAAGUACUAGGACGAUGCCUACGUACUACUUUGAAGAUCCGUCAAUCUUCGUGAUCCACCAGAUAUCCAUCCCUAAUUGGUCGGAUGCAACGGCACUUGACUCUACACGGCAAAGGCUUUGUCACCCACCUGAUAAAGCCGCAUUUUGCUCCCCAUAAUGCGGUGGGCAUGAACAGCGACUUGGACCUGAAACUGCGCAUGCUAGUCCUCAGUCGACAAACGCACGCGGCGAAACAAGACAUCGACCGGAGCGUCUUUCGAAUGAGCUGCGUCUGUUUGGACACACUUUUGGCGCUGAAACACGUCAACUGCGAUCAGGUAUUCGAAAACUCAAAAUAACCGAGUUACUGACUGAAAUAAGGGAGGUAGCUAAACGUCAAGGCUACCUUUCCUUCUCAUCAGUAUCUCGGUUAUUCUGAUCAGUUACUCGCUUAUUUCAGUUUUUCGAGUAUUCGGAUUGCCAGAUAUGGUAGUUCAAGAACAUCAUAGAUUCUACCUGCAUUCACCUGUUGUAGAGCUAAACCAACUCGUCACAAUGAAAAUGCUAAUUUCUGUGAAGAUUCCACGUCCACGACAUCACAGCCUCCGCUACUCACUGGUAAACUGCCCAAGUAGUUUGCGACCAUUUAUGAUACUCUCCGAGAAUGACCACGACAAAAUUUAUCUACCAAAUCAAAGGUAAUCGGAGUCGAUUUCCUUUCCUUAGUCGCCAACGGUCUGCAAAACCCUGCUCCGGUCCUUUCGUCUGCGGCAGAUGCAACUGUUAGUGCGAAAGCAGCACUGUUGAGCAUGAAUCCUGCUGAUUACACGGUUAGCAUGGAUGCUGAUGGUGCUUCCCUGGAGCAUGAUAUGGAAAGACUGACCUCAGAGCUAGCUGAAAAAGUGAGGCUUUUAGCGCUGCCAAGAUUAAGGGUUGGAAGUUGACCUCUCUAUCCCGCGCAUCUCUAUACGGCUUCAUCGAAGGUACUACUUCACUGAACGGCCUCAUACAUAGAGACACAUUGCUAUACAAGAGGCGCCAUGACAUGACGUUAGAUAUGCAGCGGGCUAGGGAGGUCAAGUUGCAACCUCUAACACGAGGACUAGCUGAGAACGCUGCUUACUGGCGCACUUGUAAGAAGUACUUGCAAAAAGCACUGGAGAAUGGGGGUGCUGCUGGAGCGAUUCGCGACUUCUGGGAAGGAAGUGUUGUGGCCAACGCAGGCCCCCUUAUGGGUGGUCAGAACUUGGCAGCAGCGGAUGCACAGGCAGUGGAAGAUUAAGGCAAGAGGAUGAUUUAGAUGUGCUGUUAGCGUCUUGGCUUCGGUCAUGUUCACUUCUAUCAGAACUUAUCUCUACGGGUGCUAGGAACACAACAGCAUCAUUAGGGAUACACACAUAACAAAUCUUGGCGUUUAUUUUUUGCAAGAACAGGUAGUACCUGCUUAAAGCUACAGGAGCAGUUUUUAGAGAUAGAGUCUUUCUUUGUGCUUGUGGUACAUCAUUUUCAUCAAAGUCCCAACAUUUUCUAAUUCAAACAAGCUGGCACCGACAUGCUUGCUGGUAUGGGCCUAUUUGCUGCCGGAACAGGCGAAGCACCAGCGGCAGUAUUAGAGGAUUACAAUUCACAGGGUGUCAAUGCUGGAGAACAAUUGGUGGCGAAUGGUGUGGUCGAUCCCUCAUUGCUUCUGGCUGAUGACGCUCCGUCGGCUGAGGUUGUGGGACAGCUUAGCGGUGUGGGCGGGAAUAAAGUUAUGAGUCGUGUUUCAGGAAGUGUCUAGAAGUCGUACAAAGAUGUGACACGAUUUAAGUAAAAGCAGGUGAUCAAAUCUUGAAUUCAAUGAAAAAUUGGUUCAAGUGGUGGAAAGACUGGAUAACUAAGUGAAAACAUUGAUUCUUUACAGCUAGCACCUCGAUUAGUAGAACCCACUGGAGUUUGAUCGUCAUUAGUGGACUCAAUUCUAGCUCCCCAAUUUCCUUAAGCUCACUCGCUUCUAAGAAAAGCCAUUCCCAGCGUCCGCGAGAAGCUAUACCUGAGGAGUUCCGCUGUGCUAUUGACGGCAAAUUUCUGCAGACUCCUAUCAGAUGGACCAGUCCUACCACUGGUAUAUCCUACGUGUACGAACUGGCGACAUUGCAGGCUUGGGCAGCGGUCCAAGGCGACAUUUGUCCGGUUACCGGGGAAGCUUUUACCCCCGACAACCCGCCAGCAGUAGAUGAGGCGUUGACAGCGAGAUUGCAAGAGUUUGCAACGGGGUUUGCAGCGUAGAUUUGAGCAUGUGCUGGCUCCUGCAUGCUGAGGACUCUUUGCAGAUGCUCCACGAUCAACAUUUACAAUCUCGACUUCUUAAGAACAGCCAACUCCAGGAGUGACGCCCAUAAUUAUAUCAAAUAUUUCAACCACAGAGUGCAGUUGUGGAAACUACAGGAAACUGGAGGAGAAGAUGACAUCACAAGAUUUUGGGAACCCUGAUCGAUGUUCUUCGAAAUCGUAGAAUCUUAUAUUCUAGUACAAUCUUCCGCUUUGUUUUAGAAACUUUGUGAGGUACAGGUUAUUUGAGUGAU